AUGGAUCCUCAUCCGCUGACUCGAGGCUGGAAGAGGCUCCUCUUGUGUCUGGUCCUCAGCUACCAAGCUCAUCUUUCCUGGGCUGUUGACAGAGUGAACAUCUCUAAAUGGGAUGAAGUGAAUAACAGCGGGAGCAGCAGGAUAAAGCAGCAGAAAUGGGACACCGCUUCCCAGGGAGGGCAGAACCUCGAGAACAAAGCUGCUGCGCUGGAAAACAGCAGUUCCUCCUCCAGCCGGACGGCCGCGUCCAACCAGACGUCCUCCAGCACAGAGAGGAAGCCGACGCCCACAUGGACGCUCGGCUCUGACCAGUUGAUUAGUUCAUCAAGAACAGGAUCAUCCAGCCAAUCACCAGGCAACACAUCACAAUACAACCAAUCCCAAACCAACUCAGCCCCAAUCAGCAAAUCUGCAACAACUUUACCGAACCAAUCACCAACCUCCACAGUACCAAGCAGCCAAUCGCAAAGCAGAACACCAUCACCUGUUAAAUCACCAAUUAGCUCAACACCAUCCAGCCAAUCCCCAACAGAGAUAGAGCAUAGCCAAUCAGCAGCCACCACAGUACCAACCAGCCAAUCGGCAAGCAGAACAACGCCACCCAGCCAAUCACCAACAAGUACGGCAUCAGCCAGAAAAUCAUCAGCCAGCCAAUCACCAUCAACCACAACACCAGCCAGCCAAUCACCAACAACCACAACACCAGCCAGCCAAUCACCAUCAACCACAACACCAGCCGGCCAAUCACCACCAACCACUACACCAGCCGGCCAAUCACCACCAACCACAACACCAGCCAGCCAAUCUACACAAACCACAACACCAGCCAGCCAAUCACCAACAACCACAACACCAGCCGGCCAAUCUACACCAACCGUAAUAUCAGUGAGUCAGCCACCAGAUAACAAUGCACCACCCAUCACCUUAUCUGACCAUUCAGCAGUCAGCUCGGUGAAACCCAUCCAAUCACCACCGGGCCAAUCAAGAACUGGCGCCAAAGCAUCAAAUCAAUCAUCUCCUGACCGAUCAUUAACCUCUAUGGUGUCGGACGAUAAUUUCACAGCCAGCUCAGAAACUUCUCCCCACCUGUCAUCGUACAGCCUAACGUCUCAUAACCAAUCAGGAUCUAAUGCAACACCUCUGGACCAAUCACUGACGGGCUCAGAUUCAUCCAACAACUCGGCAUCAACAGCCGACGGCGCCUUCGUCCCAGACCAGCGCCCGGUUAAUGUUUCCCUCAUCACGAGGCAGGUGAAGGAGGCCCUGAGGUCGUCGAUUAGUCUGAGAUCAGCGGAGCCGUGUGAGUCUCCCUGUCUGAACGGAGGUCAGUGCGUCCAGUCGGGGUCAUGUGACUGCAGCUUGUAUCAGGCCACUGGACACAGAUGUCAAACUGUCCCGAACCCCGGCUUCGAGAGGGAGAUGACCUGCAGGUCGUGGGGUCAGUACAACUUCGAGACCUUCGACGGCCUUUACUUCCACUUCCCCGGCCGCUGCACGUACACUCUGCUGAGGGACUGCGAGGAAACGGCUCAGGCCGGCAUCGUGGUCCAGGUCCACAAUGAUCCAGACUGUGGCGCCGCUCCUUACGCCUGCCAACGCUCAGUCAGCCUCUUCCUGCCGUGGGAGGGCGAGGUCCGGCUGCACGCCACCAACGUGACCUUCAAAGGUCAAAGUGUGCAGCUGCCUCAUCACAUCCACGACCUGCAGCUGGAGCGGAUCUCCCAGUACGUGCUGGUCACGCGGCGGCACGGCUUCACGUUGGCCUGGGACGGACGCAGCGGCUCCGUCUACAUCAAGCUCAGCCCGGAGUUCGUGGGCAGGACCUGCGGCAUGUGUGGAAACUUCAACGCAGACGUCCAGGACGACCUGAAGACCAGCUACGGCGUCCUGACUCGUGAGGUAGAACUGUUUGGGAACAGCUGGGUGGAGGCGGAGCCACAUCAGGCCCGAUGUCCCUCGGUGCCGUCUGGCUUCUCCUCACCUUGUGUCGGAGUCGACGCUCACGUGCUGCUGAAAGUGGAGCAGGUGUGUGCGAUGCUGCUGGAUCAUCCGUUUCAGAGCUGCCACGACUUUGUCAGUCCGCUGUCGUUCAUGGCCGGCUGCUCCAACGACCUCUGCCUGUCGGGCCCCAGCGGUGAGGUGGUGUGCCAGGUGUUCAGCGAGUACGCCCGGGCCUGCGCCCACGCCGACCAGCCACUGCACGACUGGAGGCAGCACAUUCCUCACUGUGCGAGGCCGUGUCCUCUCGGUCUGCAGUACAGGGAAUGUAUCAGCUGCUGCCCGGAGUCCUGCAGCCUGGAGCGGACGUGCAUCGACAGCAAGCUGGCCUGUUUGGACGGAUGCUACUGUCCCGAUGGUCUGAUCUACGAGGACGGAGGUUGUGUGACGCCCACCGAGUGUCCCUGCGAGUUCCACGGCAUGUUCUACCCGUCGGGACAGACGCUGCAGGAGGAAUGCAACAACUGCACGUGCUCGGGUGGAGUGUGGAACUGCACCGACUACAGCUGCCCAGGCGAGUGCUCGGUUACUGGUGAUAUGUUCUUUCAGUCGUUUGACGGGCGGAUCUUCACUUUUCCCGCGACGUGUCAGUACGUCCUCGCCAAGAGUCGGAACUCCGGAAAGUUCACGGUCACCAUCCAGAACGCCCCCUGUGGAGCCAACCUGGACGGGUCCUGCAUCCAGUCGGUGAACCUGGUCAUCGACGAGGAUCCGAGGACGGAGAUAACGCUGAGUCAUGUCGGGGAGGUUUUCAUGGGGCAACAGUACCGCAUCUCCCUGCCGUACUCUGACGACGUCUUCCAGAUCCAGGAGCUGUCGUCCAUGUUCCUCCAGGUGACGACGGCGUUCGGCCUGCGGCUGCAGUACAGCUGGAAGGAGUUCCGUCUCUACCUGCAGGCCGACGAGCACUGGACGGACGACACGGUGGGGCUGUGCGGCACCUUCAACGGGAACAUCCAGGACGACUUCCUAUCUCCGUCGGGGAUGAUAGAAAGCACUCCGCAGCUGUUUGGAAACGCCUGGCGAGUCUCGUCGGCCUGUUCUCAGAGUCUGAGCACGCCUCCGCUCGACCCCUGUGACACGCACCAGCAGGCCGUGACCUACGCCUCUGGGAUGUGCGACGUCCUGAACCAGGAUCUGUUCUCCUCCUGCCACGAGUACCUGAGUCCCACAGCGUUCCAUCAGCAGUGUCGCUCAGACACAUGCAAGUGUGGGACGCCAUGUCUCUGCUCCGCCCUCGCCCACUACGCUCGCCACUGCCGCAGGUUCUCCGUCAUCAUCGACUUCCGAUCGCACGUUACCGACUGUGACGUCCCCUGUCCCUCCACCAUGCAGUACGGCACCUGUGUGUCGUCCUGCCAGCGCCGCUGCUCCUCCCUGUCCGUCCCUCAGCGCUGUGGGGACGAGUGUGAGGAGGGCUGCGUCUGUCCCGAGGGGUCUUACUACAACCACCGCACACUCACCUGUGUGCACAGGAGCGAGUGUCCCUGCAGUUUCCUUGGAGCAGAUUACGAGCCGGGAGAUGUGAUCAUGACGUCUGCAGGUGUUCAGCUCUGUCUGAACGGUAAACUGGUGUCUCAAACAGAAGACAGUGACGGGUUGUGUCCGUCUGGUCAACUCUACCUGAACUGCUCGGAGGGGGGGGACGGCCUCCUGCCUGGAAGGGGCGUGGCCUGUGAGCGUACCUGUGAGUCCUACCUGCUGAACCUCACCUGCUCUUCACACGAGCCCUGCGUGGCCGGAUGCUCCUGCCCCCCCGGCUUCCUGAAACAUGGAGACGAGUGUUUCGAACCUGCAGCCUGCCCCUGUCUGUGGAAGGGAAAGGAGUAUUACCCCGGCGACAGAGUCUCCGCCCCCUGCUAUCAGUGUGUUUGCCAGCACGGGACCUUCCAGUGUGUGUUCCGUCCGUGUCCGUCCAUGUGCACGGCUUACGGAGAUCGCCACUACAGGACGUUCGAUGGCCUGCUGUACGACUACGUUGGCGCAUGCAAAGUCUAUCUCGUAAAGAGCAGCGCCGAUGUGAUGCUCAGCGUCACGGCCGAGAACGUCGACUGUUUCGACAGCGGCGUCAUCUGCAGGAAGUCGCUGCUCGUCAGCAUCGGACGAUCCUUCGUGGCGUUCGACGACGACACUGGGAAGCCGAAUCCAGCCAGUGUGAUCGACAGGAAGCAGAGGAUGCUCAUCUGGCCGGCGGGAUACUUCACGGUGAUUCACUUCCCCGAGGAGGACGUCACCGUCCUCUGGGACCGUAAGACAACCGUCCACAUCCAGGUCGGACCUCGCUGGCAGGGGAAGCUCAGCGGACUGUGUGGAAACUUUGACCUGAAGACGGUGAACGAGAUGCGGACGCCCGACAACAUCGACUCUCCUACGCCACAGGAGUUUGGGAACAGCUGGACGGCAGCGGAGUGUGUGAACAGUCCGGACAUCAGACACCCCUGCAGCCUCAGUCCUCUCAGAGAACCCUUUGCCAAGCGGCGAUGUGCCGUCCUGCUCGGCGAGGUCUUCCAGGCCUGCCACCCAGUGGUGGACGUUACCUGGUUCUACAUGAACUGUCUGGCGGACACGUGCGCCUGCAGCCGAGGAGGCGACUGCGAGUGUUUCUGCAGCAGCGUGGCGGCGUACGCACAACGCUGCUGCCACCAGGGCGUCGCCGUCGACUGGCGCUCGCCGUCACUGUGCCCUUAUGAUUGUGAAUUCUUCAACAAAGUUUUGGGUAAAGGCCCCUUCAGGCUCGUCCCCUUCAGGGAUCGGACGAUGCUGUUGGCAGCCAGCAGGUCCGGCGGCUCUGUGUUCCUGCAGCCGGGGAACCUCAGCACCACCAGCACCACCAGCAUCACCAGCAGCACCAGCAGCACCAGCUCCACCAGCAGCCUCUCACAGUUCAUGAUGACACCGGGCCUCAGCAGAGCCCGACCCCACGACACAUCACGGGUUUCCUUUGAGGCGGCCCACAGACCGAACUAUUUCCUGUACGCGAGCCCCAGCGGCCAGGUGAAGCUGACCAAGUGGGAGGAGAGCGAGGCAUUCUGGGACGGAGCCACCUUCGUCCUCCACAGGAACACCUGGGUCCCCGGCUACGACUCGCUGGAGUCCCACGCCAAACCCGGCUUCUUCCUGCACACCACGCUGCUUCGCCUCCACCUGCUGAAAUACAGACACGCCGACACUUACCGCAAGGCCACGCUCUUCAGACUGACAGGUCCAAACCCAGACUCUCCGCCUCAUCCUCAGUGUCAGUGGAGGUACGACUCCUGCGUCGUCCCGUGCUUCAGGACCUGCAGCGACCCGUCGGCCGAAGCCUGCGCAACCAUCCCACAAGUGGAGGGCUGCCUUCCUGUCUGCCCCCCCCACAUGGUUCUGGACGAGGUCACCCGUCGUUGUGUUUAUGUGGAAGACUGUGAGUAUCCUCUUGAAAGGCAAACUCCACGUAAACAGAAUUACGUGGACAUUCUCCGGAGUUCCUGUCUGAAGCCUCAGUGCUUCUCUUACACAUUUCUGUAUUGUUUUGUUUCAGGUAUUAAAGCCCCUGUUGUUGUGCAGCCUGUAACACCACCCCCUGCUCUGCUGACGUCUGCUGCCUCCACCUUCACCGAGAAGACCACAGUCCCUACUGAGCCCUCCGCUCCUCCACAUGAAUCUCCAACCACUAAAAUCACCACAGCUUCUCCUGCUGUCAGCACACAGACCCUCUCCACUAUGGCCCCACCAGUCCCUGACGAGCCAACCCGACCGGUCACGGCUACUCCUGAACUUUCCAGAACAGCAGGACCUCUGUCUUCCCCAACAGCACCCCCUGCUGUCAGGCCAGGGGUUGAGAUGUCGACUGUCAGAGAGACCGAGGCCCCUCCCAUCACUGGGACAGGUACAACAACAUGGACUCCCGAGGGGCUGAGCUCCACCGUAUACCCCUCCAGCCUCAGCACCUCCAGGACGAGCAUCGCUCCGUCUGCCAUCACCGCUCUGUUCUGGAUCACCUCCUCCACCAAAGCCACGGAGUCUCCUGAGCCACUGGUCACCACCACUGCCGCGACUCUGCAGCCGACUGCACCAGCAGCGCCAGCCACCAGCUCCAUCGUCCUGCCAACCAGCACCACCAGCAGCAGCCCUCUCUCUGUUGUCACACACUCAACCAAAGAAACCACAGAGGCUACAACACAUUCAGCAGCGGUUACUCCGACUGUAACAGCUUCCAGUCCUGCUGCAAUCUCAGAGACGUCUGCAGUCACAGGCAGAACCGGGGUUCCCAGUGUGGCCACCGCAGAGUCCACAUACGCCACCACAAAGAUGGUAACAGAGGAGAGACUUCCUCCGACAACCACCACACCGAUCCCGCCUGUUUCACCAAGCGCAGCAUUCACAACCACAUCACCGCUCUCGACGUCUCCUCCUGUCGAAACAGAAACUGUGUCUUUGCCCACGGCAACUUCAGCAGAGACGACAGAAUCGGGAAAGCCAGUCGCACCGUUAACUACCAGUAAAACAACACAACAUCGAACACCAGGAACAACAACACCAAGUCUUACCACAACUAAGAUUGAAUUUACCCCCCCUCCAGAUCUUACAACCUCCACCACAUCUGAGUCGCCAACAUCAACCCAACUCCAUGUAGCAGCGACUACAACUGCAACAUCUGCUCCGACCUCAGCUGCUGCAGCCUGGAGGACGACGACAGCGAAAGUGGACGUACCUGAGACUACAGUUUCUGAAAAACCUGCAGCUACAACACCUGCACCUCCAUCUCCAGAGGUUACAGACGUGACAGCUUCUCCUGCGUCCCCCUCCACAGUGUACUCUGAGAGAACCUCCUGGUCCACUGCUGUCCCGACCACAGAGAGAACCGCUCACAUCACUUUACCAAGACUGUCAGAGGCUCCAGAAACGUCCACCAUAUCCACGGGUCCUCAAGUCACAACAAAACCAUCUGCACUGCCGGUGUCUCAUACCGAAACCACGACUGCACCAACGACAGAGAGCUUUGUUCAGCCUGCAACUACCCUGCGGACCUCCGAGCAAUGGCAUGCCACCCAUCAAGAGACCUCCUCCAUCUCAGUCUACAGCCCGACAGUGAAAAUUACACCAGAGAUCACUUCUGAACAUGUUGUCCAUGUGGUCACUUCUGCCAAAACUACAGAGGUACCUUAUCCUGCUGUAGCGACAACAAAGCCAGUCACCAUUGCGUCGUCAGAGUCUGUCACAACCUCCGCUGCCCAAACUACAACCUCAACUGAAGAAAUCGCCACUACCACAAUUGGGAUACUGUUUACACCUCCAUCACCUGCACCUGGGGCACCUGCGACGCCCAUCGCAACAGCCCCUACAACAGCGCCACCAGGUGAUGUCACCACCGAGCCGAGACCUGUUGUCUUCCAGCCGUUAACAGAGGCGACACAUCCAGUGACGGGCAGAGUGGAGGUGUCAGCAACAGCAGCAACCAGGCUGCCUCCAUCUUGGUCACCGCUGCACACAACUACGUCGGCAACUCCACGGACGACAACUUUUUCGGACAAAGUCACCACCCGUUUGGUGUUCACCGCAAGAGCUACACCCGCCACAACUGCUUCGAUCACAUCACGGACGACGACCCUCAGGACGACACCCAGAGUCCCUGUGACAACAAGAGUCACCCCGAGGAUCACAGUGACCGAGCGGUCAACAGUCAGGCCACACACUGCAAGGGUUACCAUAGCAGCAAGGCCCCCAACAGUGACCACCAGAUCGACCACUCUCGGGCUGCCGACUGUCGCACCAAGCCCCGGCACAACAACCACGUCAGCAGUACCGUCUGCAGGCGUCGCCACAUCUACCGAGUCGGUCACCACAGUGAGCACGACAAAGCUGGACAACACGACCGCAGCAGUUCCCGGCCCGACCACCAUCAUCCCCCGACCACCGGGUCCUACCCUAACAACGGUCAGAGCAUCUACUGCCGUCCCCAUGACGACCAGCAGAGAGCCAAUCACAUCUGAGAAAACUCAGACGACCAAAGAGACUGACGCGUCACCUCCCACAUCCCAACCAGUGAUGCCGCCACCUGGCGAGCUCGUCUCCACCCAGGAGCCGGGGAUAACCUCUCCUGCUGCGACGUCACUCCUAACAGUCACCAGGGUCCAAACUACUGAGUGGGACAAAGUGGGUCAGACCAGUCCAGGGUCAACAGCGUCUCCUGCGCUUGCAACGACCAGACACACGGCAGAGGGCUCAACGGCUGAGGCUGUUACACCAAUGAGGAUGUGCAGCCCUCCGUACGCAGAGAUCGUUGACGAGUGCACAAAGUACAUCUGCGUCAACAACCAGCUCGUCCUGUUCAACAAAUCUCAGAGCUGUCCCUUUACCUCCGAACCCCCGAACUGUGGCCUGCUCGGCUUCGCCAUCCUGGUCAAUGGAGACAAGUGCUGCCCUCAGUGGGACUGUCCAUGUCGCUGCUCGAUGUUUCCGGACUUGAAUGUGAUCACGUUUGAUGGGAACAGCGUUGCCAUCUACAAGGCUGCUUCAUACAUCGUGAGCCAGCUGCCCAACGAGACCGUCAGCGUCCUGGUUCAGGAGUGUCCCGCGGACUCUGAGUCGCUGCUCCUCUGGAAUUACACCAACCUCUGUCUGGUGGCGUUAAACAUCACACACAAGUCUAACAACAUCGUUAUCAACCGGCUGCAGAGGAGGCUUUACGUCAAUUCCCGAUACGCCAAACCCCGUUUCAAGAAGUAUGGCUUUGAGAUCUACGACACAGGAAACAUGUACCUGAUCCGGAGCCCGGCCGGUCUGAAGCUGCAGUGGUAUCACAGCACCGGGAUGAUGGUGAUCGACAGCUCCAGCAACAAGCUUCCGACCAUGGGCCUCUGUGGUUUCUGUGACGGAGACCCAACCAACGACCUGACUUUGGCCGACGGCACCACGUUGGGCGUGAGCGAGGAUCCGGCUCUUUUCAUCGACAGCUGGCAGGUUCCCAACACCACCAGCUACAUCAGCCAGAGCCGCCGCCGCGAGCUCAACUGCUCGACCAGCGACUGCUCCGUAUGCAUGGACAUGCUGCAGAACCACCAUUUCUCCUCCUGCCACGCCUUCGUCCCGCCCAGCACAUUUUGUGAGGUCUGGGUCCGAGAUGCAGAGUACGUCAACAACCAGUGUGUGGCGCUAGCUGCAUAUGUGGCCUCGUGUCACAAAUUUAACAUCUGCAUCGAGUGGAGGAGUCCGGAUCGCUGUCCCUUUGCGUGUCCCGACACUCUGCGGUAUCAGGCCUGUCUGCCGGCGUGCACGUCUCAGUCCUGCCCCAACCACGACUUCGACUCCGACCCCGACCAGUGUUCAGGCCUGACCGAGGGCUGCGUGUGUCCUGAGGGGAAGCUGCUCCACCGGCCCUACUCCGCCCUCUGCAUCUCACCCGAGAAAUGCGCCUGCACCGACAGCUCCGGCACUCCCCGUGCUCACGGCGAGGUGUGGAAGGCCUCGAAGGACGCCUGCUGCAUGUACCGCUGCGACAACGACUCCAUCGUCCCCGUGGAGUACGACUGCUCCGACGUGGAGGCGCCCGUGUGCCGCAGAGCAGGGGAGGUGAUCAUCAGCCUGGCCCACGACACCAGCUGCUGCCCACAGAGAGUCUGCGUUUGUAACCAGAGCCUGUGUGACCUGGUCCCUCCUGAGUGUAAGUACGGGGAGAAGCUGGUUUCGUACUACAGGCAGGACUCCUGCUGUCCCCACUACGUCUGUGAGUGUGACCCUGAUCUCUGUGAGUCGGACGUUCCCACCUGCAGAGAGGACCAGACUCUGAUCGCCACCAGAGCCGACGGCAGCUGCUGUCUGGCCCACAUCUGCAUGUGUUCCUCCUCCUGUCCGGAGACUCCUCCUCUCUGUUGGGAAGGGGAGGUGCUGACGGUCGAAGGGAACGUCACCGACCGCUGCUGCCCCGCCUACCAGUGUGUGUGUGAGCCCUACAGGUGUCCUCAGCUCAGUUGUGCGGUUGGGAUGUCGGUGUUAUCGACGUCCGGUCCGAGUCGCUGCUGCCCAAACCAAACAUGUGAAUGUUCCUGUGAGAAAAUCGCUUCCCCAAAAUGUGGCCUGGGAGAGGCUGCUCAGCUGGACCGGGCCUUCCUGUCCGACCCACAGAACCAGUGCUCCUGCAAAAGAUACAAGUGUGUGCGCGAGGCGGUGUGUGUGUUCGGCGAGCGGGGGGUUCUGCGGCCGGGCCAGACUCUGGUGGAGCACGGGGACGACGGCCUGUGUCACAGCCGUCAGUGCAGCCGCAGCUUCGACCCGGCGAGCGGCUUCCACCUGCUCCGCACCUCCAGCAUCAACUGCUCCACCCACUGCCAGCCGAAUCAGAUCUACGUCCCUCCCAAAGACCAGUCGACAUGUUGUGGCGCUUGUAAGAACAUUUCUUGCCUCUAUGAACAUGAGAACGGGACGGUGGCGCUCUAUAAGCCGGGCAAAUCCUGGGUGUGGAACUGUAUGAAGUUCGACUGCACAGACACUCUGUCCGGACCCACACUCAUCUCCUACUCCUUCAGCUGCCCCCCCUUCAACGAGACCGAGUGUAUGAAGAUCGGUGGAACAGUCGUAAGUUACAUGGACGGAUGCUGCAGAACAUGCAAAGAAGAUGGAAAGUCGUGUCAGCGGGUGACGGUGAGGAUGACGAUCAGGAAGAACGACUGUCGCAGCAACAGGCCGGUGAACAUCGUGUCAUGUGACGGGAAGUGUCCGUCCGCCAGCAUCUACAACUACAACAUCAACACGUACGCUCGCUUCUGCAAGUGCUGCCGGGAGACGGGGCUGCAGCGGCGCUCGGUGCAGCUCUACUGCAGCGGCAACGCAACCUGGGUCAGCUACAGCAUCCAGGAGCCCACCGACUGCUCCUGCCAGUGGUCCUGA